UGGGCGGGGCCCAGAGCGGUCACGUGAGCCGUGCGGGGGCAAAGGCCUGCGGAGGCGAGCCGGGCAAGAUGGCGAAGGUGUCGGAGAUGUAUGAUGUGACUUGGGAAGAGAUGCGAGAUAAAAUGAGAAAGUGGAGGGAGGAAAACCAUCGGAAUAGUGAGCAGAUAGUGGAAGUUGGAGAAGAGUUAAUUAAUGAAUAUGCUGCUAAACUUGGCGAUGACAUUUGGAUAAUAUAUGAACAGGUGAUGAUUGCUGCGUUGGACUGCAGCCGAGAUGACUUGGCAUUGUUUUGUCUUCAAGAACUAAGACGACAGUUCCCUGGGAGCCAUAGAGUUAAGCGGUUAACUGGCAUGAGAUUUGAAGCCAUGGAAAGGUAUGAUGAUGCAAUCCAGCUAUAUGACAGGAUUUUACAGGAAGAUUCAACUAACACUGCAGCAAGAAAGCGUAAGAUUGCCAUCCGUAAAGCCCAAGGAAAAAAUGCAGAAGCCAUCCGAGAGUUGAAUGAGUAUCUGGAACAGUUUGUUGGCGACCAAGAAGCCUGGCAUGAACUUGCUGAACUUUACAUCAAUGAACAUGACUAUGCAAAAGCAGCAUUUUGCUUGGAGGAGCUCAUGAUGACUAACCCUCACAAUCACUUAUAUUGCCAGCAGUUUGCAGAGGUUAAAUAUACCCAAGGAGGGCUUGAAAACCUUGAGCUAUCGAGAAAAUAUUUUGCACAGGCGUUGAAAUUGAACAAUCGAAAUAUGAGAGCACUAUUUGGAUUGUACAUGUCUGCCAGCCAUAUUGCUUCCAAUUCCAAGGCAAGUGCAAAAAUGAAGAAGGACAAUAUGAAGUAUGCUAGUUGGGCUGCAAACCAAAUCAACAGAGCUUACCAGUAUGCUGGUCGCAGUAAGAAGGAAACGAAGUACUCUUUGAAAGCUGUAGAAGAUAUGUUGGAGGCCUUGCAAAUCACCCAGUCAUAAACCAUAACACAGCUGCCCAACAAUAGACUUCUUUUUCUAACUUCAUGUCCAGUCAUCUGAACAUUAUGUUGAUUUUAAAUUGCUACUUGUGUUAAUAGUGGUUUCAUGUUAGCAAGAAUGACUAUCUUAAAUAAUAUGUUUUAUAAAGAUACGGUUCCUAUUUAUUGCUGCUCUGAUGAAAAGCCACUGAAAGAAAUAAAAAUAAAAUAAAAGGAGUGUGUUUUAUUGAACAUUGUUUUCUUUAGAUCUUCUGUGUACAGUAGGUGCUUAAGUCCAUAACUUAAUGCAGAAAUAAACUUAAGUGAUGAUAAAA